AUGUCCUCGCCAGUGUUGCGUGACUUGGAAAUGUCGUCCGAAUCACCGUCCACAGACGAGAAGCAGGACAGGGAGCUCUCCAGCGCUCCCCCGUCCGAAGACGUCAAGCUAGAGACUGCAGAGGAUACUGAACCUGCUCCAAAAUCUGUUCCUACAGCUCAGGAACAUGAGUGGGUCACUGGGUUCAAGCUCCUCACGAUCAUGACGGCAGUCACACUCGUGGCACUUCUUAUGCUGCUGGAUACCUCAAUCGUGGUGACGGCUAUUCCUCGAAUCACCAGUCAAUUUCAUUCUCUUCCCGACGUGGGUUGGUAUGGAAGUGCCUACCAGCUGGCAUGCGCGGCGAUUCAGCCUUUAACCGGGAGGGUCUACAUGAACUUGCCUUCCAAGUGGACAUUCAUGGGCUUUUUCUUUGUUUUCGAGAUAGGCUCCCUAAUCUGUGCCGUCUCCAACUCAUCCAAGAUGUUGAUUGUGGGAAGAGCUAUCGCGGGAUUGGGAACCUCUGGCAUCUUGAAUGGAGCCUUCACCAUCAUCUCUGGGUGUGUCCCCAUGUCGCGAAGACCAACUAUGCUGGGGAUUGUUAUGGGAGUCUCACAAGUCGGCCUAGCCGCUGGGCCAUUGAUCGGCGGAGCACUGACCGAAUAUACCACAUGGCGAUGGUGUUUCUAUAUCAACCUCCCAAUUGGCGGCGUCGUUGCGAUCAUGCUGGCCUUUGUCCACAUCCCGGAGCCGAUCCAAAAGGCACCAUUCCUGACGGCCAUCAAGACCCUUCCUGGCAAACUGGAUCUCAUCGGGUUUGCGCUCUUUGCCCCGUCCGCCAUCCAAUUACUGCUAGCUUUGCAAUACGGUGGGAAUGAAUUCAGCUGGCACAGUUCUCAAGUUAUUGGACUCUUCUGCGGAGCCGGAGCCACUUUUAUUGUUUUCCUAGCUUGGGACUAUCGCAAAGGGGAUGCGGCCAUGAUUCCAUUCGCCAUGAUUCGCCGGCGGAUUGUCUGGUCCAGUAGCCUGUCGUAUGGGUUCUUGAUGGGUCAAAUCUUCUGUGCAUCAUAUUAUCUCCCGAUCUAUUUCCAGGGCGUCAAAGGAGUGAGCCCCCUGAUGAGUGGUGUCUAUGUCCUGCCCAGUAUCUUGUCACAUCUGAUUGUUGCUCUCAUUUCCGGCAAGAUUAUUGAAAGAGUUGGAUACUACCUACCCAUCAUCAUUAUCAGCGCUUCACUGAUGGCGGUUGCCAACGGCCUGCUCUCCAUGUUGGCCCCGGGCACCUCGACAGGUAAAUGGAUUGGAUACCAGAUUCUCCUCGGAGCUGCUCGUGGCUUUGGCUUACAAGUGCCCAUCAUCGCCGUGCAAAAUGUCCUCCCUCCGCCCCAGAUCCCCGUGGCCACGGCAUUGGUCAUGUUCAGCCAAACGUUUUCAGGUGCUCUCUUCCUCAGUCUGUCAGACACGAUUUUCACAAACAGCCUCAGAACGCUCAUUCUCGACUAUGCCCCGUCCGUGAACCCCCAGAGUGUCAUCGACGCCGGCGCCACUGGGUUCCGAUCGACGCUUUCUGCGACAGACCUGGGAAAUGUCCUGAUCGCCUACGCCAAGAGUGUUGAUCGUGUUUUCUAUCUGACUACCGGAAUGGCCUGUGGUUGUUUUCUGUUCUCCUGGGGAAUGGGGUGGAAGAAUAUUCGGAAGAAGGAAACGGUCUCGAACGCAUAG